GUUUCAGUCACUUCUACAUUCAGGCAUUUCUACCCCGUUCCGAUAGAAGAUUCUAAACUGAUUCCUGAGAGACGUUUUAGUAAAAAGUGUUAUUCCAUCGGCUGACUUUGACUCCAACUCGCGGAGAGAACCGAGAGGCCCGGCCUACAGCUAUCCGGACAAACGAGAAGGACGGUAGUGGUGCGGCUCCGCAGGCAUGCCGAAACCGAAGAGGAGUAACCGGGCCGCGGGUGGCCAGCACAAGAAUGUUCAAGCAUUUAGCGAUGAUGAUUCCUCCAUAGAAACCAUGAGCCACUGCAGUAGCUUCAGUGAUGUUGCCAGCUUUGCUGAAGAUGGUACAGAGGUGGAUGAGUUUGCUGCCCAAGAAGACUUUGAAUACAAACUAAAAGGAUUAAUUGACCUAACAAUGGAUAAAAGUGCAAAGACGAGGCAAGCUGCCCUGGAAGGUCUGAAGACUGGAUUGUCAUCUAAGAUACUUUAUGAUUUUAUUUCGGAAAGAAGAAUGACCUUAACAGAUAGCAUUGAACGCUGCCUGAAAAAAGGGAAAAGUGAAGAGCAGCAGGUAGCAGCAGCCCUUGCUUGCCUCCUUUGUUGUCAGCUUGGAUCAGGAAUUGAAAGCGAGGAAGUAUUCCGAACCGUUGCUCCAGUUCUAAAAACCAUUGUUUGUGAUAGGAGUGCAAACACACAAGCACGGCAAGCUUGUGCUACAUAUCUCGGACUCUGUUGCUUCAUUGCUACUGAUGAUGUUGAGGAUUUAUACACCACAAUGGAGUGCAUGGAGAAUCUGUUCACAAAGCAGUAUCAUUCAGAGGGUGGAGCUGAUAACUGUUCAGCACUUCACAUCCAGGCUCUCCAAUCAUGGACCCUUUUGCUGACGAUCUGCCAUAACAGUGAAGUAAAGAAGAAACUUGACAUACAUCUCCGUAAACUUCCACGUCUGUUAGCUUGUUGUGAAGUGAAUAUGAGAAUUGCUGCUGGGGAGACUCUGGCCCUCUUGUUUGAGCUGGCACGUGAAGCAGAUGCAGAUUUUUAUUUUGAAGAUUUGGAACCCUUGACACAAACAUUGAAAUCUUUGGCUACAGACUGCAAUAAACACAGAGCAAAGACAGACAGAAGAAAGCAGAGAUCUGUUUUUCGAGAUGUCCUUCGAGCUAUAGAGGAAGGGGACUUUCAGCCAGAAAUGAUAAGAUUUGGAAGGGAACGCAUGCAUAUAGACAGCUGGGUUAAGCGGCUUACAUAUGGUACCUUUAAGGAGCUUUUUGGAUCUGGAAUGCAGUUUCACCUUCUGACAAAUGUAUUUCUGCGCAGUAUAUUUGAGCUUGGCCCACCGCUGCUGCUGGAUACUGCCACUAUUAAAGCAAUGAAAGUAUCCCGUGAGGAAAGGCACUUGAACAACUCUGCUGCAUUCAAAGCUCGAACAAAGGCAAGGAGCAAACUGCGUGACAAGAGAGUUGAUGUCGGAGAAUUCUUCUGAAUUAGUCAGUGUAGUUCCUGCCUACUACACAAGUGCAAAACUAAAUGUUGUUCUUCUAGUUACUGGGAAGUGUAGUGGGCAUGAGGAUAAAAUGUAGAUGUGGUGUUUUCAGUUUCUCAUUAGCAGAAAAUAGCAGUUCAGUAAGCUAUAUUUAUACAGUAUCAAAGUAUAAAACUUUUUAAUAUACCCUAUAAAUUGUGUAGUGACAUAGUAUUGAAUUUCAUGCAAACAAAUCUACCAGCACUUCUAUUCUAACAAUCCUUACUGAUAUUAAGGCAGUGUUAGCGACUUUUUCUACUGUGUAAUGAAAUUUGCUGUGGUGUCUUGAUGAUUCCCUUUGUCAUCAGUGUGCCGGUGUAUCUUUAAUUUUAUUUGUUCCUGUCAUUUGUUUAGUCACACAGAACCGAUUAAUAAUCCAGCAUAAAAUCAAGUUGUUCUAUAUAAACUUUAAUAAAAUACUGCUUUGUUAUUGCUUUGUUUUGUAGAUUGCUUGAUGCAUGCUUAUUAUAAGGUUUUCACUGCAGUUUUUAGCAUCUGUAAUUGAGAAAUGUUUACAGAAUGUGAUCAUUUUUGACCUUGUGUGGUAUUUUUGGUUUGUACACUGAAUAAUGGGUAGGAAACCAUCAUGUAUUGAUCUAAAAUGUUGAAUAUUUCAGGAAUGUUUAAUGAAAUGUUUUUAACUAUUUAUACAUUUUUGUAAAAUGGCUGUUCCCAAGCUAUUGAUCUUUUACCUUGCACCUUUUUAAGGUCUUAUGAGACAUGCACAGAAUUAUGCCAAUCCACUUUACCCUAUAAUAGUAUGCUUAUUUGCCUUUAAUGAAUGCAAUUAUUUGCAAACUUGCCCGUGUGUUUUAUAUAAGCCAUCUCUUUAAAAUAUUUUAAGCUUUAUGUUAAAGGAAAACUAUACCCCUGCACAACCUAAAUGUCUAUAAAAAUAUAUCUUGUGUAAAGCCCUGCUUCAUUUUAAUGCCACUUAUAAUAUGUGCAGUUUCAUAAUCCUAAAUCGAAAAUUGCUAUUUUAAGAACUAGGGGUCUCACUGGGGUCCUACGAUUCAAAGUUCACACAAACUAUAUUAUGUUGGGUUAGAUGCACCAAUUAACACAGUUUGGCAUUUUGCUUCCACACUUCUUCCUGUUAAAGAUGCAGUACUUCUGGUCAGGUGAUCUGGGGGAACACAAAAACCAUAAAAACAUAGGGCUCGAGGUAAAGGGCAAUAUUUAAAUAUAUAUUUCAGUUUGGGAAGAUUCUUUACACCUGACGAAGGGGCACGCCCCCGAAACGUUGUAUUGUUGGAUUGACAUUAAACACGGGAGCAAUCCCUUGAGCAUG